AUGGACCUCUCGGGCAGCGUGUUCCUCAUCUCAUCUGAUGGCCAGAUGCUCAGUCUUCCGAUCCCGAGCGACUCCCCCAAUGACCCACUUGGCUGGAGCUCCAGGAAGCGGAUGUUGGCCUUCGCGAGUGUCAUGCUGUAUGACGUUGUCGGUGUCGCGGCGAUACAAGCCCCGACGUUUAUGUACGGGGCAUUCGAUCAUGAUGCGGCAUUGGCAGAGAGAUCGCUAUUCCGCAUCGAAGUCCUGGUGAGCGCCCCGAUGCUGAUGCUGGGCAUUGGCGCCUUUCUAUGGGUACCACUCUCGCUUGCCAUCGGCAGGAGGCCGGUGUUUCUUCUUUGCACCCUGAUGACGUUCAUUUCAACCAUAUCGGCAGCUUUGGCACAAAACUUUUACCAGCUUUUGGCUGCCAUGUGUGUUCAAGGUUUGGCGGCAAGCAGUAUCCUGAGUCUGUUGUUGUGUAUCGUCAUCGAUAUGACCUUCAUCCACGAGCGUCCCCAAGCCAUCGCUAUGUUCUGGGGACUCGGUGGCAGCCUGACCCUGUUGGUGCUGUCGAUAAUCCCGCAGAUCAAAGUGGUCGACACCGAUUGGCGCUCCUUCUACUGGAUCUGGUCCAUGGCAAGUCUCGCUUCAUUUGUCAUGACUCUCUUCUGCUUCCCAGAAACUUUCUUCCUCCGACCCCCUGUAGCCUGGGACGGCCGGAUCGUGGUGCAAAGCGGAUCCGAAAAAGUCCGCAUCUAUGACGACUGGGACGCAGUCCCCGGCGAGCAAGCCCUGCCCAACCCGCCCGAUAAGCACUGGUUUAAACGAUUCAUUCAACGCAUUAAGGUUUGGAGCGGACGAAGCGAGUGGAAGGCCAUGUGGGCAUGCUACCCGCAAGUCAUCCUCUGCUUGUGCAACCCCCUCGUAUUCUGGGUCAUGCUGCUCAAUGCCGUGAACUUCGCGGGGAUGGUGUCCAUCGGCGAGUCCUUCGUAUACGUCCUGGCUGCCAAGCCUUACAACUUCCCCCCCUGGGCUGUCGCCCUCGUCAAUCUUGCCGCCGCCGUGGGGAGCUUCUUGGUCUGGCCUGCGGCGGGGAUCAUGAUUCAGAAUAUCACGCGGCAUCUUACACGGCGGAACGGUGGGGUUCGGCAUGCAGAAUAUUAUCUACCCGCGUUUGUGCUCCCCGUCCUGGCGGGUGCGGCAGGCAAUCUCCUUUUUGGUCUCACAGCGCAGUACCACUUACACUGGAUUCUCAUCUACAUCUCUUAUGCACUAAAAUCUUUCAGCUUCGUGGCACUGGGCGCUGCGAAUGUACUUUGGGUCACUGAAUCGUUUCCCCAGUGGUCGGCGGCUGCGCUUGUCUGUGUGGGUGGAUUCAGCUACAUCGUCAGCUUCUCCAUGAGCUUUGUGCUGCCGUUGUGGAUCAAGUCGCAGGGGUACGCAUGGGAGAACAUCCAGCUCGCUAUUAUGAUCCUCGUCGUGGGAGGGGUUGGCGUUCCUGUGGCCUUCUGGGGGAAGAAUGUCAGGCAAUAUCUGGAUGGUCGGUGGGGAGAAUAUCAAGCGGGGGCAUUGAGGCCGCAGUGA